CGCACUGUUUGUCCACGUGAACAUAACCUCUAAAUGAGCGACAAGUAAUGAACGUCUAAACAUCAACACGUUAUCAUUAAUUUAUGAAUUACAAAGUAAUUAUUUACCCAUUUCGGUAAUGAUUAAUGAUAAAGGCCAUUCCAACGCAUAACGAGAUCGAAAAUAGAGGGGGAGGUCUACGCAAAAUUGCCAUGUUGUCCACCAUAUAAUUUACAUAAAAAAGUGCAACGUGCAGAUUCCGUCCAAUUAUGCUCAUAAAAUGCAUACGCAUGAGACGUUCAACUUGUCGAGGCCUCCUCUGUAUGUUGGUGAUCUUCGCGGUGAUUUUCUACGUACGUAACAUCCACGACAACUACAAUUCGAUCGCGCACGAACAGCUCACUAAAGAAGAGAACGUCUUCGAGCUCAAACUGCGGGAGUACGAGCGGAAGAUGAUACCGAACUUGGGCAACAACGGCGAGGCCGCCUAUUUAGAAGACUCGAAGGAGAGGAAGGAGGGCGAGAGGGCUUUAAAGAAAUUCGCUUUAAAUACCGUUCUCAGCGAUCGUAUGCCCCUAAAUCGCACCCUGAAGGAUCCAAGGAAUAAAGGCUGUACCGAAUUUUUAUACAAUCCUACUUUAACCGCGUCGGUGAUAAUUAUUUUUUAUAACGAAUUGCUUAGCGUGAUACUGCGGACGAUUUGGAGUGUUAUUUUACAAACACCCAGUCAUUUGUUACACGAGAUUAUUUUGGUGGACGAUUGUAGUAGCGACAGUGACUUGAAGGGGUUGUUGCGUUAUUAUCUGGAUACCCGAUUGAAGAAGUACAAUGUGAACCUGUUGGAGUUGAACCAUCGGAUGGGGUUGAUUAGGGCACGAUUGCAGGGUGCGCGAAUAGCUACCGGUGACGUACUUAUCUUUCUGGACGCGCACUGCGAGGCCACCACGGGAUGGAUGGAGCCGCUGCUCGCCAGAAUUCAGGAGGAGCGCACUGCGGUUCUGGUGCCGAUAAUCGACGUGAUCGAGGCCAACAACUUGGCUUACUCUACCAAUGGUGACACCUCCUAUCAGGUGGGCGGGUUCACUUGGUCGGGUCACUUCACGUGGAUCGACAUUCAAGACAACGCCGACAAGGGAAAACUGACACCGGUAAAAUCGCCGACGAUGGCCGGCGGAUUGUUCGCGAUCGACCGCCGGUAUUUUUGGGAGAUCGGCUCGUACGACGAGCAGAUGGACGGCUGGGGCGGUGAGAACCUGGAGAUGUCGUUUCGAAUUUGGCAAUGCGGCGGACGACUGGAGACGGUGCCCUGCUCGCGAGUGGGCCACAUCUUUCGCGACUUCCACCCCUAUUCCUUCCCCGACAAUAAGGACACUCACGGGAUUAACACCGCCCGACUGGCGCACGUCUGGAUGGACGGGUAUAAGAGGUUGUUUUUCAUGCAUCAGCCCGCUUUGGAGAACAGUCCCAUUAUUGGCGAUCUGACACACCGACGACAAUUGCGGAAUAAGUUGAGGUGCAAGGAUUUCAAGUGGUAUCUGGAACAUGUCUACCCGGAGAAGUUCAUCCCGGAUGAAAACGUGUACGCGUACGGCCAGGUCAGGAACAAAUUCGACAUGUGCCUAGACGAUCUGCAGCUCGGCGAGGACAAGGUCGGUCCGCUAGGCCUAUACCAAUGCCAUCCUUACUUGGCGAUGUCGCAAUUUUUCUCAAUCAGCGCCAAAGGCGAACUCCGCAAGGAGCACUUCUGCGCCGAGGCUUUCGACAACUUUCAAGUGCAACUCACCGAAUGUCACAGCCAUAGGCGCGAACAGUAUUGGAAGAUCUACAAGAACGGAACGAUUUACAAUCCGUACUUUCGUAAGUGUUUAAGCAGCGAGGGCGUCGACGAUUCCAAAGGGCUCAAAGUUCGCGCGUGCCGAAACGGCCCGCAUCAAAUAUGGAGAUUUACUAAUGUUAAUUCUACUGUUACUAAAUAAGGAAAUUUUUCGCCAAAUAUAUUUUUACUUAAUUU